GCCUCAACAUUUGUGGUAGCACUCGCCGCCGGCCGCCGCCAUGUCCAAAGCAUUCACCAAGUCCCUCCUCUUGUACAACAAGAUCCUCAUCCGGCGGCUCAAGUCUCUCAUCACCCGUGCGCCACCCGCGCCGGCGUCGGCCACCGAGAGGCUGCCACCCUCACACAAGCACGAGUCGUCGACGGCGCCGCUGGACGCGCUCCCGGCGCCAGGGACGACGGACGAUGACAACGAUAAUGGUGGCCGUGCUGGCGGCGGCACCAUCGUGUGCGAGGUGGAAGGCGGCCUGCUGAUGUCCUCCUCCACCUUCCCCUACUUCAUGCUCGUGGCCCUCGAGGCCGGCGGGCUUCUCCGCGGCCUCCUCCUGCUCCUGCUCUACCCUCUCCUCCGCCUCCUCACGGACGAGCUCGCCAUGAAGGCCAUGGUGAUGGUGACCUUCGCGGGGCUCCGGAAGGACGCGUUUGGCCGGCUGGGCAUGGCCGUCAUGCCCAAGCUGUUCCUGCAGGACGUGAGCGCCGAGGUGUUCCACGCGGCCACGUCUGCUCCAGUGACGGCAGGGGGCGCGCGGCGGCGAAGGCGCUGCGUCUGCGUGAGCAGCAUGCCGAGGGCGAUGGUGGAGCCGUUCUUGAAGGAGUACCUCGCCGUCGACGCCGUCGUCGCGCCGGAGCUGAGGGAGCUCGGAGGGUACUACCUGGGUCUCGUGGAGGAUGAAGGCGAGGUGGCGAGGAGGAUGGACGUGGAGGAGGUCAUUGGGGCCAAGGGCGGCGCCGUCGUCGGCAUUGGUGGACAGGGGUGCUCGUUUCAGCACAUCUUCCAAAAGUACUGCAAGGAGGUGUACGUGCCAACGGAGUCGACGCGGCGGCGGCGCGAGGCGCUGCACCCGCGGCGGUACCCGAAGCCCCUGGUUUUCCACGACGGCCGCACCGCUUUCCGGCCGACGCCCGCCGCCACGCUCGCCAUGUUCAUGUGGCUCCCGCUCGGUGCGCCGCUCGCCGUGCUCCGCACCGCCGUCUUCCUCCUGCUCCCUUUCUCCCUCUCGGUGCCGCUCCUCGCCAGCCUCGGCAUGCACAACCGCAUGAUCGCGUCCUCGUCGCCCUCUGCCGGGGACAAGAGCAAGAGCAACCUCUUCGCGUGCAACCACCGGUCGCUGCUGGACCCGCUGUGCGUGUCCGCGGCUGCCGGCCGGCGCGACCUCUCCGCAGCCACCUACAGCAUCAGCCGCCUGUCGGAGAUGCUCGCGCCGAUCCCCACGUUCCGCCUCACCCGCGACCGCGCCGCCGACCGCGCGGCCAUGCAGGCACAGCUCGCCCGCCGCGGGCUGGUGGUGUGCCCGGAGGGGACGACGUGCAGGGAGCCGUUCCUGCUGCGGUUCAGCCCGCUGUUCGCGGAGCUUGCCGCCGGCGGCGUGGACGUGGUGCCCGUGGCGCUGCACCUGGCGGUGGACAUGUUCCACGGCACGACGGCGCGGGGCAGGAAGAUGCUGGACCCUCUGUACCUGCUGAUGAACCCCGUGCCGUCCUACCUCGUGCAGUUCCUCGACCCCGUCGAGUGCGGCGGCCAGGAGGCGCGCGCGGUGGCGAACGAGGUGCAGCGCCGGGUUGCGGAGGCGCUCGGGUACGAGCGCACCGGGCUGACAAGGAGGGACAAGUACCUCAUCCUCGCCGGCAACGAAGGGGUCGUCGGCGCCGCCCAGGACGGCGGCACGAAGAAUUAGCUGCAGCUGAUGCCAGCGCAGUCUAUUAUUGACGACUAGUGGUGCAAUCCAGUACUAUACAAAAGCUAGCUUGUUGUCGCUGCUGAUGGUGUACAGCGCAUCUGCGUCUCUUGUGUUCGUCAGGGAUUAUGUGUGCUGUCCGGGGUGCUUUGUGAAAUACGGAGUAUCACGCUAAUACAGUGUGCGAUUUAUUUAUUUGUGCAAUCAUAAUAUACAGAGGUUUUGCUUGA